AUGACUCGCAUUCUUCUUACCGGCGGAAGCGGCUUCAUUGCUGCACAUGUUCUUGAUACCCUGCUAGAGCGUGGUCAUUCUGUGGUGACCACUGUUCGGUCUCAGGAAAAGGGUCAAAGAAUCCUCGACGCCCAUCCACAAGUCGGCAAGGACAGGCUUGACUUUGUGGUAGUUGAAGACAUCGCACAGCCAAACGCAUUUGAUAAGGCUGUUAUUUCUGAGCCUCCGUUCGAGGCCGUCAUCCAUACUGCUAGCCCCUUCCACUUCAAGAUAUCAGAUGCUAGAAAGGACCUCCUCGCCCCAGCCGUCAACGGAACUACUGGUAUCCUUCAUGCCAUUAAGAAAAGUGCCCCCUCAGUGAAGAGAGUUGUCAUCACCUCUUCAUUCGCUGCGAUAAUUGACCCCGCAAAGCCGAGUAACUAUGUCUACUCUGAGGCAGACUGGAAUCCAAUCAAAGAGGAGGAGGUUGACAAGAGCCCGAUUUUUGGGUACCGUGGCAGCAAGACCUUCGCAGAAAAAGCAGCAUGGGAUUUCAUCGAAAACGAAAAGCCUGGAUUUACCCUCGCAACGUGCAACCCGCCCCUUGUACUUGGCCCUGUGGUUCAUUACCUGGCCUCAUUGGAUGCCAUCAACACCUCUAAUGAGCGCAUUAGUGAUUUGAUCACUGGAAAGGGCAAGAACAGCUGUCCACCCACUGGAACGUCUCUCUGGGUGGAUGUGCGUGACGUUGCAAUGGCUCAUGUCCUCGCAGCCGAGAAGGCGGAGGCAGCAAACAAGCGAUUCUUCCUUGUUGCCGGCACUUAUUGCAACGCGGAUAUCGUUGAGAUCAUCUCUGAGAAAUUCCCUGAGUUACGAGACAAACUGCCAUCUGGUGACGCCCUCGCGCCGGGUCUUGUACCGCUAGAGCAGCGCUUUGGAUUUGAUACCUCGAGAUCGAAAGACGUGCUUGGGCUGACAUAUCGACCAUUGACUGAAUCCGUGGUGGAUGCGGUGAAGAGCCUUCAAGGGCAUUUGUAG